ACUCCAAAAUUGAUCAUUAUAUAUAACGAUUACCCAUCUUUUUGACGAUAAUUAAAUGCAUGAUUAUAUAUAUAUACUGCAUGCUUAAAUCCGAAUCUUAAACCCCAAAUUUCCAAACUCAAAAAUCUAUUUCUUCAAAUUAAUAAUGGAUCGACAAUUUAGUGGUAGAAAAUCACUUUCAUGUUUGUUAGAUGAUGAUAAUAUAGAAGAUCAGUCACCUAGUUUUCAUCACCUUUCUCAACUACAAAAUCGAAGGCUUUCUUGUUAUACUCACUUCCCCUUAGAUGCCUCACCUUUGCACCCUCUAAGCCGCCUCGACAAAUCAUUAUGGACUCGUACGUCUUUUACAAGUUCUUCUCAUCCUUCUCUUCUCUAUUGUUGCAUCUCUUCUCUUCGCCAUGAUGGAGAUCUCUACUCCAUCGCGGUAUCAGGGGACAUAGUGAUGACUGGCUCAAAUAGUCGUCGAGUCCAUGCAUGGCAGUCAGGUGACUGCCAUGCAAUAGGCUACUUACAAGCUAGCUCGGGUGAAGUCCGAGCCAUGGUUGCUCAAGGUAACAUGCUCUUCACAUCUCAUAAGGAUCACAAAAUUAGGGUAUGGUCCAUGAGAUCACACACUUGUAACAAUAAUACAACAAAUAACUUUAAGCCUAGAAAAGUUACAACCUUACCAAACACCAACCACUUCAAAAAUUUUGUCUUAAGGCCAACUGUCCCACAAAAUAGGCUCACUUGUAAGCCAAUUACCCCACAACAUAAGGACAUUAUUUCUUGCAUGGCUUAUUACCAUAUUGAAGGAAUUUUGUAUACUGGGUCAUUUGAUAAAACUGUUAAAGCUUGGAAAUUAAAUGAGAGAAAAUGUACCGACUCAUUUAUAGCUCAUUCAGAUAAUAUAAAUGAUAUGGUAAUUAACCAACAAAAUGGCUAUCUUUUUACUUGUUCUUCAGAUGGGACAGUAAAAAUGUGGUUAAGGGUGUAUGGGGAGACUUCUCAUGCUCUAAUUAAGGUCCUUAGUUUUCAUGCAUACCCUAUUUAUGCUUUGGCUUUGAGUAAUCAAAACCAAAGUAGUAGCUUCUUGUAUUCAGGAUCUUUUGAUGGGUGUAUUAAUUUUUGGGAGCAAGAGGUUUCUUGUCAAUAUAAUCAAGGCAACAGGUUCUUACAAGGGCAUCAGUUUGCGGUUCUUUGCCUUGUGGCCAUUGAGAAUUUUGUGAUAAGUGGAUCUGAGGACGCGACAAUUAGGAUUUGGAGGAGGUCGUUGGAAGACAGAAAAGCAGGGUGUGCUCAUGAGUGUCUCACCGUACUAGAAGGUCAUAGAGGGCCGGUGAGAUGCUUGUCUGCUUUUUUGCAGAAGGACAAAUUUGUGGUGAGCUUUUUGGUGUUUAGUGCUAGUUUAGAUCAGACUUUUAAGGUGUGGAGAGUUAAGCUUUUGCAGGAAAUGAAGAGUUCUUCGGGUGAUGGAGAAGAUGAUAUGGAAAGAAAAAAGUCUGUGGAGAUUGAAAAUGGCCCUGUGCUGUCUCCUUCAUGGGUGAAGAGGAAGCUUCAAUCUCGCAGUGUUAACUCAGUUUAAUCAUGAGUUUAUUGCGAUGUUAGUUAUAUAAUUUAGAAGCACAUUGUAUGUUAAGAUUGUUACAUAUUAUAAAGGUAAUUUUAUCAUUCAUGAAUUCAUUCAUCAUCCAGCUGCAAUGUAUAUGAUGCAUAAUUGCAUACGACGAACAAGCUUGUUCCAGUCCCUGGCAUGGACCAGACCAACAACGAGUCCUGU